GAUCUCGAACUGCGUGAGCACGUUUUUGAAAGAAAUCUCAGUUUCAGCCCGUGAUUUAGUGACCCGCAAAACCCACGGCACCCGGUUCCACUUGCCGUGUAAAGUUCAAUUUUGUACAGUACGGGUGGAACAGUGAACAAACAAGACGUAAUCUUUCUACUGCACGGCGAGCUGCAAACAAAAUCAUCCGCAAGUCUCUCGUCCGUGCCUAGAGGUCGCUGUAGAAUCAGCAAGUGAGACUGCACGUCGUUCCAGCACGAUUCGUUUACGGGCCCCGCCCGAACCACAGCCGUCAAAAUUAGCGGAGAAACAAGAGUACGCAAAAUGUCCUUCAGCUCGGACUCGCCGGAUGCCAAAAAGCCCUGCAAGGGCAUUCUCAAAUCAUCCAGCAGCUUCGACAAACACUCGUCGGCCGCAACGUCAGCCCACCGAAAGAGCGCGAAAUUUGACGAACUGAACGUGCUCCAGACGUACCAUCCGCCGGACAAGGACUAUGGCCACAUGAAGGUAGAUGAACCGAAGACGCCGUACAAUUACGCCGAGGAAGCUGACGUCGACGAGCUGGACGCGGAGCUACUUGUUGAACGCCUUCGUGUCGCUGCGAAUUCACGCACCGAAUCCGUGUCGGAGGAAGAAUCUGAGGAAGAAGAGGAGGAACUGAACGAGGAGCAAAAAAAGAGGAAAGUAGAAUUCGAGCGCCGCCGAAAGCUACACUACAAUGAGUUUGAAGCGGUAAAGAUGGCACGCAAACUGAUCGAGGAAGAGGACGACGACGAGGACGACGCCGGACCAAGGGAGAGCCCAAACCGCUUGGCCUCCGCUGCGAUUGCCGGAUCGUCGGCGUCGACGGCGGCCGCUGCGACUGUAUCACCUACUUCUGCACCGCACGACGAAGUGACUCGCAUGGAGGUAGAAGAACCGGACGGUGAGGUGGAUCAUAAUGGGGCUACCCUAGCGUCAAAGUUUGUGGGUACAUCCGACAGCCUGGCACCACGGUUAAAACCAGUGCCGAGUGUGGCUAUCAUUGAAGAAGGUUCCGAACUGCAGGCACCCCGUAGCUCUGUAAUCGCACUGAUUAUGCUCGUGUCCGUAGGGUUGAUGAUAUUUUUCAUCGUCUGUUUUACGUUUCUCUUUUACUGGUUCAAGCAGAGCAGAACUUGAGGGUGUUGGUAGGACCGGUAGGGUGUGACAGGCGUUGUGAUGGACAGUGGAGGCCAAAUCAAUGAUUUCUGUUUUCGGACUCGCCAGCGGUCACAGAUCUCGCCCCCCGGAUGAGUGAGAAGUUAGCUAGAAACAUAUUGUUCUGUAAUGUUUCCUUCCUUACCUGUGCACGCGAUGCGUGGUUCACGGUUCGUGAAACCCGCUUCUCACUGUUACACGGUCGAUUAACCCAAGACUGUUAAUUUUUUUGGUUUAUUGUCAGUUUCGUGUUGUAAGUUUCACUGUAAAUAACCUCGCAAUAUGUUCGAUCGAUUAGUGCACGAUUUUGUGGCACCGGCACCGUUCCAUUGUGAUGAUUUCAGUCAGAUAGAAUUGGUAGAUUUCGUUUGCUGCUGAGCUGCGGCACGACCCGGUACCAUCGCAAACUAAAGCCCAUACAAGAUCACAUCUAACCUCUACCUCUAACUUCUGCACCGUGGUUAAGUCAGUAGAGGAUGCCCGCUGCUACCAACGAACGGCACGGUGUGAUUGAGCCCGCGUGAAUUGAGCUUUGUUUAGUGAUAAGUCCGCUGGAAGAGAAGCCCCUGACGGCAAAUAUUGAUGACGCUUCGCCCAAAAUCUGGUGACUUCUGCCUCACAUGAUAAUUGCAUCUUUAGCACGGUAACCUAGAGUGAGUUCCACCAUUCGCCGGUUGUGUGCCGAUCGAUCGGUUCGUCUUACAUCUACCGGCUUAAAGUAGUUCUUAAAAUAUGAAGCACAAUCAAACAAUCAAACAAUCAGUGGGCUUCAGUGAAGCGUGUAAAGGAACUUCGCACGCCAAACACAUGAUUUUUUACGCUUAAACACUGUACGUUCCGACGAUCGGGACCGAGGGUCCCGAGUUGGGUGAGCUUUUGGGCCAGAACACCACAGAGGGCGCGUUUGUGUGGCGAAGCAACAAAAAAACCGCGAACAAAAAUAAGUGCUUCGUCACCAAACGAAGCAAUAGAAGCAAUAUAGAAUCAAGCCCAUUUACCGGCUAUCACCGUGUGCCGGUAGUUUUUAUAUUACGGACAAGCAGCGCUGUGUAUUAAUUUUGUCAAAUGAAACAAAAGAAACAAAGUGUAGUUCACUUUAAAUCGCUUCAAGUCGAGAUUCGAACAGUUUGCCAAUUAAAACAAUGAUCUACAAUAAAAAAGUGUAUGAAGGAUAAUCAAAAUAAACCACUUUUACGAAUAUACUGUACUGUACCGCAAGUGUAUGCGAAACAAAAAGACCAUCAGGCAACGGAGGAGCUCCCGAGCGGAAUGGCAUAGAGUAGUAGGGCUUUGUUCCACAUCCUGUAGACGCGUUCCUGCUGGCGUUUGUUUGGUGCCGUUGAAGCGCAACGCCAAUGCAUUGUACUUGGAUAAUGUUACGGAUUUGUUCAGAAGGAAUCACUGAAAAGUGCUUAGGCGACAGCGAUAAAAUUUAAUUACGACAAGCAAUGGUUUGGUGUGACAGCAAAAGAUUCGGUUCCGAAUUUGGUUGCGAUUUGCGUGGAGGAUGAUUUUGGCUAUGCUUCGAACAAAAAACAAUAAACUAAAUAUAUUCCAAACAGCUUCCAUUCGGGUUGCAGUGAAACAACGCACGGCCCGGCACACAAUCCGGAGUAGACACUAAAAGAAUAAUUGAAGCGAUUGUUGGUAAAAGAAAUUGCGAAGGUUAAAGGGAAGCAGUUAAAGUGGUGAGAAAAGAACCUAUUUUUCAUUUGGAUAUCAAUUUCAGUAUAGAAGGAUUGUUGCAGGCUCCGAAAGCGCGCUCUCGGAUAGAGUCCGUCUGUACCGUGUACCAAUUUGUCUGUCGAACCUUCGUUACCUUCAUGCGGAGCAGAUAGUAAAAGAACGCCGUUUUUAGUAGCCGUCUAUAAGGGAGCGACAUAUUUUAGCAAACAUUUUAGCGGCCACUCUAUUCGCGUUUUUCGAUUGGCAGUGGUAGAAACUAGAGAAAGAGAGAGAUAGACAGGGAGAAACAAACCGUGAGUGAGCCAACCGAAUCUGUGCUGUAUUUUAGUGAUUUAACAUAGCGGCUGGCCAGGCCAAGGGACACAAGGUCAGGAUGCCAGAGAGCCAGAGUGCGUGCGUGUGUGGUUUUUAUCAUUUCGAAUAUAUUACUGUUUUGUAGAAUGUGAAGCGUGUGGCAACUAGAGUCGGGUAGGAACGUAGAGAACUGAACUUUCUAGCCGUGUGUGAGUGAGAGAUUGCAGUGAGCAAUAACGAUGUUAGUAAAUUAUUUUCUAUCUCCAUUACGCUAAAAUUCGGAGGGCUUCGGAGAAGAACUGGUCGCAAGGCUCGCUCCGUGAGACCGCUCCCGGCCAGGUGAGGUUACUUUUCUGUUGUAACGUGUUGAAGAAGUGCUAGAGAACGGUUAACAUUGGAUCUCGUCGGAGAGAGACCAUAGGAGGUAAAGAGGGUAAAAAUCAAUAUAGCGUUAUCUGGAUACGAUAUGAG